AUGAUGGGUAAGAGAACUUGGAAGCCAAUUAUUGUGGCAACGGCUUGCACAUUAUUGCAACAUGCAGUCGUCACUGCAUUUACGCCGACACCAAUACACUUCCCCCAGCAGUCGAGAGAACUAACGGGGACUAUAUUUAUGGCCGGAAAAGGAUUCGGUGAUAAUUCUUCCAGUUCCAAGAAAGCCAAGAAAACCAACAAGAAACCAAGUAAAGACUCAUCACCCCCAAAAAGUCCAAUGGUUCUUGAUGAUUUCUCGAAAGAUGAUGGUGACAAAACUCCAACCGAAUAUCCGGCCAUGAACCGAGCCGAGAUCUCCAAGUGGCUGAGUCAUAUCCCAGUCUAUGCUGUGACAGAUGCCAAAGGCAACGCCAAGGCCAUCAAGUUGGGCGACAAGGCCGUUGUGUACUUCUUCAUGUCAUCUGUGGUCGCGGAAGCUUACAAGAAAAAGCUGCAGGAAUCGGGAGAAGACUUUGAUGAUGCUACCGUGUCGGGUUUGUUUCUUGGCAACAUUUGGUAUGACUUUUUGGAUCAGGACUGUAAUCAGAAAGAGGAUAACACAGAGUUCCGAUUGGUUCCCGAUCCAAGGGAUUUGACGUCGGCAAGGACCGUACUAUCCAUGGCGUCACCCGAAGAGAUUGUUGAGAGUGAAGGUGACAGCAGUUCCGACGAUGACGAUGAGAAAAUAACUAUUGAAUCCUUGAUGGAGAAUACUCCAUUUGCCUCGGCGUACAACGAAAUCCCGCUCUUUUAUGUCGACAACAUGCCGCUUGCCGACCACAGUGAAGAUGUCAAAAAGUGGUUGAAUCGUAUGGUGUCGUCCACUUACAUGUUCUUUAGCGCCCAAGGCAUGUUUAAAGUGCUGGACAAAUUCAAGGAAAGCGGCGAACCUGUGGAAGACUCGAAUGACGCUUUGUGUUCCUUGUUUGAUAUCGUUUCCAUGAUGGAGCAACCCAGUACGACUGACUUUCGCAACAUUGUGCUCAUUCCACCAGCACCCAUAGCCGAAGGGACAGUAUCGGAUUCGGUUCUUGCCAAGCAACUGGAAGAUCCGUCGUCACUCAUUUCACAGUCAUUCUUCUUGCAACUCCUGCAAGAUGAAUCAUCAUCAUGA